AGAACACCUUCUCGCCAUUGAUGCAUAUCAUCCACUGAAGUCCUCCUAUUUUCUACAACCGAUCUUAUCUAUAUCCACAACCACAGACCAAAAGUGGGACUACCGCUCGGAACCAAGCCCAAAACCUCACUGCUCGUACCGCGGGAUCACAUCACGACUACCGAGCACAGUACAGUUGCACUGCUUCUGUCCUUCUGGACCUCCUUUUGCAACAAUUCCUCGUUCGCAAUGAUGUUCGCGACGCAGCCUGUAUAUCAGCAACCGGAGCAGCAGCAGCAGCAGCAGCAGCAGCAACAACAAUUUUCGAAUCCAUUUCACACCACCGCAACCACACCGUUCGCGCGGACGCACUCGCAUUCGCACGCGCACUCGCACUACAGCACACCCACGCGUCCCUCACCACUCUCCCCUCGCCGCCACCACUCCUCACCAUUCUCCUCGUCCUCCUCCACAGCCUCAACAAUGACCACCCCCAGCACCCCCAACACCAGCAAUAACAACCGGAACCUCUUCUCCAGCCCUCUCGCCAACACCAGCGCACCCACCGACCCCGACACGCCAUUAACAACCUUCCUCCCCUCCUCCCCCCUCCAACCCGGCCCGCCAUCCUCAGCAUCCUGCUUCGGAUCGCCCGUCCACAAACCAUUCUCCGCGGCCGCUGCUGCGGGCCCUCUCUUCUCCUUCCACCCCGACGCCACCAACUCGACAACAACCACAAGCCCGAUCGCAUCCCCCAACAACCCCUCCUCCCGCUUCGCCACCCGCUACGCCGCCCAGAUCGCCAACCCGCUCACCAACGCCGCCGCCCGAACCACCAGACCCUACACGGGCACCUCCGCCUCGCCGGCGGCGCGCAACACCCGGCGCAACGCGUUCCUGAACCGCGUCAAGCGGGACCGCGCGGACGGGCGCUUCGAGAACCGCGGCGAGCAGCUGGUGCUGCUGGAGCAUGUGGCGGAGCAGAAGCGGUGGGGGGAGGCGAUGCGGCGGUCGGCGGUGAGUGAGUUUGGGCUGGGGUUGGAUGGGUUGGUGGAGGACGAGGAGGAGGAGGAAAGUGUGGGUAGUGGCGAGGGGGCGGAGAUGGAUGCGCUGGAUCAGUACCUUUUCGAGCAGGAGCGGGGUGCCAUUGCUGCUGAGGAGAUGGGGGCGGAGAGGGGGUUUGAGGCCGGGGGCUCGGGCUCGGGCUCGGGCUCGUUCAGUGAUGAGGAUUACGAUGAUAUCUUUACGGAUUUGGCGGGGGAGAUGGGGAUGGGCGGGUUUGCGGGGUUUGCGCAUAGUCAGGAGAUGGAUAUGUCGUGAUCCUUUUUGGGGGUUUUUUGUCUGGCUCGGCAUGUCGCUGGUCGACUUCGGGGUCUGAUGGGGUUUUUCGUAUCUGCUUGGGCGUUUGCGGGAGGUUGGUUGGUUUUAGGAGUUUCGUGUAUAUACGGCAUAGGACCAGUGGAUGGUGGUUGCGUGCAUACUCUGGGUAUAUAAUGUAUGAUCUCA